GCCGCCGCCACCCGGACUAUGCGCCAGCACCCUUCGACUGACCAUCCCGCCACCAUGGAGGACAUGAAGGAGUAUAGCAACAUAGAGGAAUUCGCAGAGGGAUCCAAAAUCAACGCGAGCAAGAAUCAGCAGGAUGACGGUAAAAUGUUUAUUGGAGGCUUGAGCUGGGAUACGAGCAAGAAAGAUCUGACAGAGUAUUUGUCUCGAUUUGGGGAAGUUGUAGACUGCACAAUUAAAACAGAUCCAGUCACUGGAAGAUCAAGAGGAUUUGGAUUUGUACUUUUCAAAGAUGCUGCUAGUGUUGAUAAGGUUUUGGAACUGAAAGAACACAAACUGGAUGGCAAAUUGAUAGAUCCUAAAAGGGCCAAAGCUUUAAAAGGCAAAGAACCCCCUAAAAAGGUUUUUGUAGGUGGACUGAGCCCAGAUACUUCUGAAGAACAAAUUAAAGAAUAUUUUGGAGCUUUUGGAGAGAUGGAAAGUAUUGAACUUCCCAUGGAUACAAAAACAAAUGAGAGAAGAGGGUUUUGUUUUAUCACAUAUACAGAUGAGGAGCCAGUAAAGAAGUUGUUAGAAAGCAGAUACCAUCAAAUUGGUUCUGGGAAGUGUGAGAUCAAAGUUGCACAACCCAAAGAGGUGUAUAGGCAGCAACAGCAACAACAGAAAGGAGGAAGAGGUGCGGCAGCUGGAGGAAGAGGUGGUACUAGGGGUCAUGGCCGAGGUCAGGGCCAAAACUGGAACCAAGGAUUUAAUAACUUUUAUGUUCAAGGAUAUGGAAAUUACAAUAGUGCCUAUGGUGGUGAUCAAAACUAUAGUGGCUAUGGCGGAUAUGAUUAUACUGGAUAUAACUAUGGGAACUAUGGAUAUGGACAGGAAUAUGCAGACUACAGUGGUCAACAGAGCACUUAUGGCAAGGCAUCCCGAGGAGGUGGCAAUCACCAAAAUAAUUACCAGCCAUACUAAAGGAGAACAUUAGAGAAAGCAGGAGAUGCUAAAGAAACCCAUCUUACAGGACUACAUUGAAGAUUUGGUCUUCUGUUGAUCUGAUUAUUUUGUAAAGACUUUCUAGUGUAUAAGACACAAUUGUGUCCAACUGUAUAUAGCUGCCAGUUAGUUUUCUUUGUUUUUACUUUGUCCUUUGUUAUGUGUUAUGACUCAAUGUGGAUUUGUUUAUACAAACUUUUAUUUGUACAAUUUCAUGUUAAACCUCAAAUAAAUGCUUCCUUAUGUGAU